AUGGGCAAGUGCACGGUCCGCGUAGCCACCGGGGAUUUGCUCCUGGCGGGCUCUCCCAACCUGGUGCAGCUGUGGCUGGUGGGCGAGCACGGGGAGGCAGACCUAGGGAAGCAGCUGCCACCGGUGUGGGGAAAGGAGGCAGAGUUUGAGAUCGACGUCCACCUGCACCUGGGGCGCCUCCUGAUGGUGAAGCUGCGCAAACACAACGUGCUGUUGAGUCUCGACUGGUUCUGCAAGUGGAUCUCAGUGCAGGGCCCGGGGACCCAAGGCGAGGCCUUUUUCCCCUGCUACCGCUGGGUGCAGGGCCACGGAAUUAUCUGCCUGCCUGAGGGUACUGCCCGGACGGUGAGUGAUGACCCCCAGAGCCUGUUUAAGAAAUAUCGGGAACAGGAGCUCGAGGAAAGAAGGAAGGUGUACCGGUGGGGCUCCUGGAAAGAUGGGUUAAUCCUGCCUAUAGCAGGGAAUAGGCAACCGGACCUUCCUAGGGGCGAGCGAUUCCUCGAGGAUAAGGAUUUAGACUUUAAUGUCUCCCUAGCAAAAGGGUUGAAGGACUUGGCCAUUCAGGGGACACUGGAUUUCAUAAAUUGUGUGAAAAGGCUGGAAGAUUUCAAAAAAAUAUUCCCACAUGGAAAGACUGUCCUGGCUGAGCGGGUUUAUGAUUCUUGGAAGAAUGAUGCCUUCUUUGGGUACCAGUUUCUCAAUGGUGCAAACCCCAUGCUCCUGAGGCGUUCUUCAAGGCUCCCGGCCUGCCUGGUGCUGCCUCCAGGGAUGGAAGACUUGAAGACCCAGCUGGAGAAAGAACUCCAGGCUGGAUCUCUGUUUGAAGUGGACUUCUCCUUGCUGGAUGGAGUCAAGCCUAAUGUCAUCAUUUUUAAGCAGCAAUACGUGGCAGCCCCUUUGGUCAUGCUGAAGCUUCAGCCUGUUGGAGGACUCUUACCCAUGGUCAUCCAGCUCCAGCCACCUUGACACGGAUGUCCCCCACCUCUGCUCUUUCUGCCCUCGCAUCCCCCCAUGGCCUGGCUCCUGGGCAAGACCUGGGUCCGGAGCUCUGAUUUCCAGCUGCAGCAGUUACAGUCACAUCUGCUGAGGGGACACUUGAUUGCUGAGGUUAUUGCUGUGGCUACAAUGAGAAGCUUGCCUAGCCUCCAUCCUAUCUACAAGCUCCUGAUCCCCCACUUCCGCUACACCAUGGCGAUCAACACGCUGGCCCAGAGUAGUCUUGUCUCCGAAUGGGGAAUUUUUGACCUGGUGGUGAGCACUGGUAGUGGAGGCCACGUGGACAUUCUUCAGAGAGCCAUGGCUUGUUUGACCUAUCAUUCCCUCUGUCCUCCUGAUGACCUGGCUGACCGUGGGCUCCUGGAUGUGAAAUCUACUUUUUAUGGCUAAGAUGCCAUCAGGCUGUGGGGAAUCAUCAGCCGGUACGUGGAGGGGAUGGUUGGGCUUUUCUACAAGAGUGACCAAGCCAUGAAGGAUGAUCUAGAGCUGCAGGCCUGGUGCAGAGAGAUGACUGAGACUGGACUGCAGAGGGCCCAAGACCAGGGGUUCCUCAUCUCCUUAGAGUCCCGGGCUCAGCUCUGCCACUUUGUCACCAUGUGCAUCUUCACAUGCACAGGUCAGCAUGCUUCUAACCACCUGGGCCAGCUGGACUGGUGCUCCUGGAUCCCUAAUGGCCCAUGCACUAUGCAGAAGCCCCCGCCCAUCUCUAAGGAUGUGACAGAGAAGGAUAUAGUGGACUUACUGCCCAAUCUCCACCAGGCACGUAUGCAAAAGACCUUCACAAAGUUCCCUGGCAGACGCCAGCCUGUCAUGGUGGCCCUGGGGCAGCAUGAGGAGAAAUAUUUCUCUGGCCCUGAGCCCCAAGCUGUGCUGAGACAAUUCCAGGAGGAACUGGCUGCCAUGGACAAGGAGAUUGAGGUCCGGAAUGCAGUCCUGGACCUGCCCUGUGAGUACCUUCGACCCAGCAUGGUAGAGAACAGCGUGACCAUCUGAGAGGCCUUGCCCGUCUCAGCUCCAAAGCUCCACCAUCCCUGAGUGCCGUUGAGUAUUCCGUCCUCCUCACAUCCUCUGGUGAACAAAUUGUCCCCAAAGCUUUGUGGUCAGGGUAUCCAGAGCUGCUCACCACACAACUAUGGGGAAUACACAGUGAUGGUCCCCAUUGCAUUUGGAAGCGGCAUCCCCCAAAGCUGCCCUACCUUAAAUGUCCAUCCAGUCCUGCACUUCCUCACCCCGAUCCCUGCACACCUCCUCAUUGCCAAAGGACCUGGCUUAGAUACAAGUAAAAAUACAUGAUUAAAUAACAAAA